GGCCGCGCCGCGGGGAUGGCGGGAGCUGGAGCGGGAGCGGGAGCUCGCGGCGGAGCGGCAGCGGGAGUCGAGGCCCGGGCUCGCGACCCGCCGCCCGCGCACCGCGCACACCCGCGCCACCCCCGGCCUGCGGCGCAGCCCACAGCCCGCAGGAUGGACGGCGCGUCCGGGGGCCUGGGCUCCGGGGACAGCGCCCCGACCACCGAGGCUCUGUUCGUGGCGCUGGGCGCGGGGGUGACGGCGCUCAGCCACCCGCUGCUCUACGUGAAGCUGCUCAUCCAGGUGGGUCACGAGCCGAUGCCGCCCACCCUGGGCACCAACGUGCUUGGGCGGAAGGUCCUCUACCUGCCGAGCUUCUUCACCUACGCAAAGUACAUCGUGCAAGUGGACGGGAAGAUCGGGCUGUUCCGGGGCCUGAGCCCCCGCCUCAUGUCCAAUGCCCUCUCCACCGUGACCCGGGGCAGCAUGAAGAAGGUCUUCCCUCCGGAUGAGAUCGAGCAGGCUUCCAACAAGGACGACAUGAAGACCUCCCUGAGGAAGGUGGUGAAGGAGACAUCCUACGAGAUGAUGAUGCAGUGCGUGUCCCGCAUGCUGGCCCACCCCCUGCACGUCAUCUCAAUGCGCUGCAUGGUCCAGUUUGUGGGACGGGAGGCCAAGUACAGCGGUGUGCUGAGCUCCAUCGGGAAGAUUUUCAAAGAGGAGGGGCUGCUGGGAUUCUUCGUUGGCUUAAUCCCCCACCUCCUGGGCGACGUGGUUUUCUUGUGGGGCUGUAACCUGCUGGCCCACUUCAUCAAUGCCUACCUGGUGGAUGACAGCGUGAGUGACUCCCCCGGGGGGCUGGGAAACGACCAGAAUCCAGGUUCCCAGUUCAGCCAGGCCCUGGCUAUCCGGAGCUACACCAAGUUUGUGAUGGGGAUUGCGGUGAGCAUGCUGACCUACCCCUUCCUGCUGGUGGGCGACCUCAUGGCCGUGAACAACUGCGGGCUCCAGGCUGGGCUCCCCCCAUACUCCCCGGUGUUCAAGUCCUGGAUUCACUGCUGGAAGUACCUGAGUGUGCAGGGCCAGCUCUUCCGGGGCUCCAGCCUGCUCUUCCGUCGCGUGUCAUCAGGGUCGUGCUUUGCCCUGGAGUAACCCGAAUCACCUGACCAGACAGCUCAGCCAGCCCUGGCUUGGCCUGACCAUCAGAGCACCUCCACACACUCGCCCACCUGGGCCCCAGCUCCAUAUCCGCCCGUGUGUCUGUCCAGCUGUGGGGUCAGGAGGGCCACCUGUUAGACCUGGAGGAGGCGGGUGAGCAAGGAAGGGGGAAAUCGGCCCCUUCCUUCCCACCCUUGCUGAGUCCCCUGGGGAGAGGCCCAUGGGGUCCAGCCAGCUGGGCGUGUCACGCUGCUUGGUAAACUGGGCCAUCCUCCUCAUGCGGCCGCUGUCACGUCCAGGCCCCUGCUAUAGGCUGCCGCUGGGUUCUGCCUCAUUUUUCUCAACACUACUUUCUGAUGUGAGGGCUGCACUUCUGAAAGGGAAAUCCUGUGACUCCUUGGAACUGCCCCUCAUCUCACGCUUGUCCGUUUAACGGUGAUGCCUCACGUGUUGGGCCCAAUCACCUGUGCUUCUGUGUGAGUCUGGAGGAAUUAGGCAGAUCAGUGUCUCUAGUCCUUUCCAGUUUAAAAGUUCCUGAUAAGAUUGGACCCCAUUUCCCUCAAAUAAAUGUAUUGGUGGUGAUUUGGA